GCCUGCCCUGACCUGAGCCGGGGCUGCGUGAGGGAGGCUGAGGAGCCCUCCCGGGGCUCAGCAGGUAAAGCCAGGCCCCGGAAAUUUCACAAGGCGAUAAGGUGAGGAGCAGAGCACUGGGAACAUGGCCCUGGGAGAGAGAGGAAGCAGCAGCAGCAGCUCCAGCAAUGACAGGCAGGAACAGAACCAUAAUCGUGUUAUUACAAUUGUCUUCCUGGCCCUCUUCAUCGACCUGUUGGGAUUUGCCCUCAUCUUGCCACUCUUUCCUUCCAUCCUUGAUUAUUACAGCCAGACUGAGGAUGGAUUCUAUUUGUCAUUGCAACGUGGGGUAGACUGGUUUGCAGUGAUGGCUGGGAUACCUCCAGAGAGGAAAUACAACAGUGUCUUGUUUGGAGGUCUGAUUGGCUCAAUCUUUUCCCUCCUGCAGUUUUUCUCCUCUCCCCUCACCGGUGCAGUGUCAGACCACUGGGGCAGAAGGCCUGUCAUCCUGGUGACACUGAUGGGUUUGAUAGCCUCAUACUCACUCUGGGCUGCCUCUCGGACUUUUGGCGUUUUUCUUCUCUCCAGGAUCAUCGGGGGGAUCAGCAAAGGGAAUGUCAGCCUCUGCACAGCCAUCAUUGCUGACCUGCACUCCCCAAAAGCACGGAGCAAGGGCAUGGCCAUGAUUGGUGUUGCUUUCUCCCUGGGCUUCACCCUGGGCCCCAUGAUGGGUGCUUACCUUGCCAUGCAGACAGAGAAAGGAGAAGUUUUCUACCUUCGCUCAGCGCUGUCAGCGCUCACGUUUGCCGUGGCUGAUUUCAUUUUCAUCUUCCUCCUUCUUCCAGAGACUCUUCCCAAGGAAAAACGGGUCCCUUCUGUGACAUCUGGAUUUCAGGCAGCAGUUGACUUGCUCAGUCCUUUGGCUCUGUUUCAGUUCUCUGCAGUCACCCGAGGCAAGGAUUCCCCCUCAGAGCAGAAUCUUCAGAAUCUCAAAAUUUUGGGCCUGGCCUACUUCCUGUACCUCUUUCUGUUUUCUGGCUUGGAGUACACACUGAGUUUUCUUACUCACCAGAGAUUCCACUUCAGCAGCAUGCAGCAGGGCAAGAUGUUUUUCUUUAUUGGAAUAACAAUGGCUGUGAUCCAGGGAGGCUAUGCUCGCCGAAUCAAGCCAGGAAAUGAAAUCAGAGCUGUAAAAAGGGCGAUUGUGCUGCUCAUUCCCGCGUUCUUGUUAAUUGGAUGGGCUGCAAAUGUGACCGUGCUGAGCGCUGGACUGCUGCUGUACUCCUUCGCUGCAGCCAUUGUUAUCCCGUGUUUGUCAGCAGUGGUGUCAGGCUAUGGCACUGCCGGCCAGAAGGGACGAGUCAUGGGCAUCCUGAGGAGCCUGGGCGCCCUGGCCAGAGCCCUGGGACCCAUCCUGGCAGCUGCAGUUUACUGGCUGGCUGGGGCAGAGAUUUGCUUCACUCUCUGUGGAGCUUUUUUCCUUGUCCCCUUGGCUCUGCUCAGGUCUAUAAAACAGCAGACAAAGGAGGAGUAGGAAGGAACCACAAAACCAUCACCAGCUUCCAAGGACCUCUGCAAGACCUGACUCUUGGCACCUGGCUCUGCUGAGCAAACAGGAAGAUUUUGAUCUUCUGGAAGGAGAUACAUGAUGACCAUUUGCAGCAACAACACACAGCAGUUAUGUUUAAGGUGGCCUCCCAGCCAGCUGGGUUAGCUUUGCAAACAGAGAAACACCAAACAAACAAAACCAGACACACACACCCUGACCAAGAGCUGAGAAAGGCAUUAAGAGCAGCAGAGCCAGCACAACAGCAGCAGGCCUGGAGCCCUCCCCACUCCCCAGGUGCU